GCCGCCUCCUCACUCUCACUCUCUCCUGUGCCUGCCAAACCUGCGACCAAACAAAUACAACAUCCCAACAGCCAUGACCUCCGCUGCGCAGCCCAUCUUCUCCAAGGGAGAGGACUGCAAGUCCUCCUGGCACGACGCCAACGCCGGGUACAAUGAGACCGACACGCACUUGGAGAUCAUGGGCAAGCCCGUGAUGGAGCGCUGGGAAACCCCGUACAUGCACUCUCUGGCAACGGUGGCCGCCUCGAAAGGCGGUCGGGUGCUGGAGAUUGGUUUUGGCAUGGCUAUCGCUGCCACCAAACUGGAGUCAUUCCCCAUCGAGGAGCACUGGAUCAUCGAGUGCAACGAUGGCGUCUUUGGCCGACUGGAGACCUGGGCCAAGUCUCAGCCACACAAGGUCGUUCCUCUGAAGGGCCUCUGGGAGAACGUUGUUCCCACGCUGCCAGACAAUCACUUUGAUGGUAUCCUGUACGACACGUACCCGCUAUCAGAGGACAAAUGGCACACUCAUCAGUUUGACUUCAUCAAGGGUCACGCUCACAGGCUGCUGAAACCCGGCGGCGUGCUCACCUACUGCAACCUGACCUCCUGGGGCGAGCUGCUCAAGACCAAAUAUGACAACAUUGAGAAAAUGUUUGAGGAGUCUCAGGUGCCUCAUCUGCUUCAAGCCGGCUUCAAGAAGGAGAAGAUUAGCACCACCACCAUGGACAUUGCACCACCCAGCGAAUGCAAAUACUACUCCUUCAAGAAGAUGAUCACCCCCACUAUUGUGAAAGAAUAAAGUCCAAACACACUGCUGCAGCUUUUUUAUACUCUUAACGUGCCUUCCCCCACUCACCUCAACCCCCUGAUACUAAUUCCACUUUAUUUUACAGUUACAUAUUUUAAUAAACCCAAAUUCACCCACCCCAUCUCAGUGUAAAGGUUCUUGCUUUUAUUUUAAAGCAAGCAUUUUCAAGGUUGAUGUGAGUGAUUGAUGUGGGUCAUGUCGCUGCGGUGUUUCAGAGUUGUAUCCACCGAUGUAUUUCAGUUACAGCAAUACUUUGUUACAGGUUUAGUAUCACAUGUUCACUAGUAUUUUCAGAGGUGCCUUUGGUCAAAUGUCUGUUUUUUUUUCAGCCAAGUGGUGAAGGAAGUGUUCACGUCCUAAAGUAGAAGUACUAAUAGAAGAUGUGUUGAUUCACAUGAAUGUAAAAGUUCACAAGGAAAAUGCUAAAUAAACACUUUGUGUACUCUGGA